GCCCAGAAACACGUAUGGACCCCAGAGACACCUGGGGGCCUUUCCUGGGGGCUUCUGUUUGGGUUCACCAUAAGAGGUGGAGGGCAGACAAUUCAGUGGGUGGGUCAGUCCCUGGCAGUAGAGACACAUUAGGCCUAUGACACACCAUUGGAUAGAGUCCCUUCCUUCUGUUAACCCAAGACUUCACAAGCAUAACCCCUAGAAUGUUUAAUGUUCAGAACCCAGUGACCUCACCUUUAGGGAACAAUGGGACUAAUCAUUCCAGUGCCUUCUAUUGGCUGGGCAGAUGGGUUAGGUGAGCUCCCUCUCCCCAGAGCCAUCGGCUGGGUACCAAGGCUUGACCUUAUGGAUUCCCAGCAGGAGGACCUGAGCCUCCCUGGUGUGUGGGUCUCUCUGUACUUUGGACUCCUGGGGCUGUGUUCUGUGGUAACUGGCGGUUGCAUUCUCUUUCUGCACUGGAGGAAGAACUUGCGGCGGGAAGAGCGUGCCCAGGAGUGGGUAGAGGUGAUGAGAGCCUCCACGUUCACCUACAGCCCGCUGUUGUACUGGAUUAACAAGCGUCGGCAUUAUGGCAUGAACACAGCCAUCAACACGGGCCCUCCGCCUACUGUCACCAACAUCGAGACUGAGGUCCAGAAUGCAGAUCCCCUAUGGGAGUUGGACAUCUCCGAGGGCAGGAGCUCUGCUGCCCAAGACAGCAGCCCCAAGGCGGAUGCCCCUGCCGCACUACGACCUCCACCACAGCCCCUACCUUCCCCAAUGCUACGGGCCCACACCAGCUCCCCAUUCCCAGUUCCCGUCUUUCGGGAGGUGCCCUUUGCCCUUUCCCUGUGCAACCUGCCCCCAAUGCUAAACCACUCGGUCUCCUACCCUUUGGACACCUGUCCUGAAAGGAGCGUCCACUUCCAUUCCCUCCCCACUAUGGCCCAUGGAGACCACUGCUUCAGUGCUAAGCCUUUUGCUUCAGAAUUAUAGCCUCCUCUCACGGAGGGUGGAAGCUGGAGGUAUCAGGGGCAGAGCAGGAAAAUGGAGCUAAUCCCUGGGAGGUGGUAUUGACACAAAGGCCA